GCCCGCGUCCGCGGAGCCGGAGGAGGCGGAGCUGGCUUGCCCCGGCUCCGAAGCGGAGCGGUAGCGGAGGAGUCGGUGCGGCACGUCCCGGCGGCCGAGAUUUGGGCGCAGAGGCCUGAGAGGCUGGCAGGGAGCGGCGGUAACGCGGGGAGAGCGGCGCCACAGGCUGGGCGCUCCCGGCGUGAGGCGUGCGCUCCAUGCGUGCGGGCCGAGUGCGGCCCCUGCGAGCCUCCGACAUGAAGAAAGACGUGCGGAUCCUGCUGGUGGGAGAACCUAGAGUUGGGAAGACAUCACUGAUUAUGUCUCUGGUCAGUGAAGAAUUUCCGGAAGAGGUUCCUCCCCGAGCAGAGGAAAUCACCAUUCCAGCUGAUGUCACCCCUGAAAGAGUUCCAACACACAUUGUCGAUUAUUCAGAGGCAGAACAGAGUGAUGAGCAACUUCAUCAAGAAAUAUCACAGGCUAAUGUCAUCUGCAUAGUUUAUGCUGUUAACAACAAACAUUCUAUUGAUAAGGUAACAAGCCGAUGGAUUCCUCUCAUAAAUGAAAGAACAGACAAAGACAGCAGGCUGCCUUUGAUAUUGGUUGGGAACAAAUCUGAUCUGGUGGAAUAUAGUAGUAUGGAGACCAUCCUUCCGAUUAUGAACCAAUAUACAGAAAUAGAAACCUGUGUGGAGUGUUCAGCAAAAAACCUAAAGAAUAUCUCAGAGCUGUUUUAUUAUGCACAGAAAGCUGUUCUUCAUCCUACAGGGCCUCUGUACUGCCCAGAGGAGAAAGAGAUGAAACCAGCUUGUAUAAAAGCCCUCACUCGUAUAUUUAAAAUAUCUGAUCAAGAUAAUGAUGGCACUCUGAAUGAUGCUGAACUCAACUUCUUUCAGAGAAUUUGUUUCAACACUCCUUUAGCUCCGCAAGCGCUGGAAGAUGUCAAGAAUGUGGUUAGAAAGCACUUAAGUGACGGUGUGGCUGACAGUGGGCUGACGCUCAGAGGUUUUCUCUUUUUACAUACACUUUUUAUCCAGAGGGGGAGGCAUGAGACUACUUGGACUGUGCUUCGACGGUUUGGUUACGAUGAUGAUCUGGAUCUGACGCCUGAGUAUUUAUUCCCCUUGCUAAAAAUACCUCCUGAUUGCACUACUGAAUUAAAUCAUCAUGCAUAUUUGUUUCUCCAAAGCACCUUUGACAAACAUGAUUUGGACAGAGACUGUGCUUUGUCACCUGAUGAACUUAAAGAUUUAUUUCAAGUUUUCCCUUACAUACCUUGGGGACCAGAUGUAAACAACACAGUUUGCACGAAUGAAAGAGGCUGGAUAACCUACCAGGGGUUCCUUUCCCAGUGGACGCUCACAACCUACUUAGAUGUGCAGCGUUGCCUGGAGUAUUUGGGAUAUCUAGGCUAUUCCAUACUGACGGAACAAGAGUCUCAAGCUUCAGCCAUUACAGUAACAAGAGAUAAAAAGAUUGACCUGCAGAAAAAACAGACUCAGAGAAAUGUGUUCAGAUGUAAUGUAAUUGGCGUGAAAGGCUGUGGGAAAACUGGAGUUCUUCAGUCUCUCCUCGGAAGAAACCUAAUGAGGCAGAAGAAAAUUCGUGAUGAUCAUAAGUCCUAUUAUGCCAUUAACACUGUCUAUGUCUAUGGACAAGAGAAAUACUUAUUGCUGCACGAUAUCUCAGAGUCGGAGUUUCUAACUGAGGCUGAGACCCUUUGUGAUGUUGUGUGCCUGGUAUAUGAUGUCACCAAUCCCAAAUCCUUUGAAUACUGUGCCAGGAUUUUUAAGCAACAUUUUAUGGACAGCAGAAUUCCCUGCUUAAUUGUAGCUGCAAAGUCAGACCUGCAUGAAGUCAAACAAGAGCAUAGUAUCUCACCUACUGAUUUCUGCAGGAAACACAAAAUGCCUCCACCUCAGGCCUUCACUUGCAAUACUGCUGAUGCACCCAGUAAGGAUAUCUUUGUUAAGUUGACAACAAUGGCCAUGUACCCCCAUGCCCGGUUACGCUGUAUGUGCACCUGCAACAGGUGUACAUUUUGCAUCUGUCAGAACUUCCUCAACUCAGACUUGCUGCAAUCUGUAAAGAACAAAAUCUUCACUGCAGUUCUUAACAGGCACGUGACACAAGCUGACCUCAAGAGCUCAACAUUCUGGCUUCGAGCAAGCUUUGGUGCUACUGUCUUUGCAGUUGUGGGCUUUGCUAUGUACAAAGCACUAUUGAAACAGCGAUGAUUAAGAAAAAGAACCGGCCUACCAAAACAUACUUUUAUGUACAUUCUGAAUGCUUUAAAUUCUGCUAGAAAUAUUGAGAUAUUUAUACAUGCAGAGUUACUUUAUAAAUAUUUGUAAUUCAUGCAUAAGAGUAUUUUACUCAUAGUAAUGACUGCAGUAUUGGCUGGCAUGUGGAAAGAAAACAUCUUAGUAGCCAAAUAUAAGUGGCUAAAUUUCAGAGGCCAAAAGGGAAUAUUUUGUAAAUAAUGUACAUAUUCAAGCAAGAUAUGGUCUCCCGAACUGACUUCUAGGAAUGGUGUUUGCAGACAUUUCUACAGUAGUGUUCUAGUAGUCACUUGGCUCACCCUGCUAGGUUUCAGUCACCCAGAGAUUGUGUUUACUCAGGCAUCACGUAUUUAUUUCAAGGUGACUCAGAACGAUCCUUUGGCUUCUAUAGCCAGCGUUUCUCUCCUUUUUUAAGAUCACACAGGAGUCAAAGUCAGCUUUCCAAAACCACUCUGUUUCCAUCACUUAUGGUAGGCUGGCAUCAAAGCCAUCAUAAAACCUAGAAAGUUGUGGCUAAGGACCUGAGGCAGGAGCAGGUAGUGGAGUUUAUCUGUGUCACCACAUUGCUUCUUUGUCAGAGUAUGAAUUUUAUAGCCCUUUCAAUCAAAUGGGGAAAAGUAUUUGUAUAUUAUCAAUGUUUUUAGUUAUAAUAAAGAAGCCACCCUGACCACUGCUGAAUCUCACCUGAAGUGAAAACCGUCCUAAAAUGGCCGUGUCUGUGUAGUAUAAUGCUGUAGCUGUAGCUGCAUGUGUCAUGAAGUGUUCUAUAUCUGGCCAGGAUAACCUAGAGGCAACACUUUUUUAAUGGUAAAAUAAAUCUAAUGAAUAUAAACUCUCACAAUAAACCUAUUUUUUCCACCAUUGACCUUUUCAAGUAUUUAAAUAAAUAACUGCUGUAUACUGUGAUCUUGAGGUUUUUUUUGUGUCUUCUGAGGUAAAUAUCUCUGUCCAGAUGUAAGUCUGCACCUGUGGUUUCUACUUUUCUUAGUGUAGACAUUAUUUUUUUAUAUAUAAAAAAGUACUAUUCGGUAGGAAGGAAGUUGUAGGAUGUGUGUAGGGCUGUGAGUGUGCUCUCAGAGGAGGCCUGCAGUACCUCUGCCUGUGUGCUUCUGAUGCACUCACAUGGUCAUCUGCUCCUUGGACAUGACGACUCUUCCUUCCACCGGCUCUUCCUCUGCUCUUAGGAUGUUUUGCACAAGACCACCCUUCCUGAGCAACAGUAACGACUUAGCCUAUCACAAACCUGUUCACCUGCUUGUUCCCCUCUUCUUCGUCUUCCUAUUUUCAUUCUAUAUUUGAAGAAAAUGAAAAUUAAACGUGGCGACACUUCA